CCUUGACCCAACAAACACCACGUGUUUUCCAUGGAAAUGUAAAGCAAACUUCCACUAUCUUUCCAUGCAAAGCUAUUAGAAAUCAGCCACCAUUUCCCACUUUCUUUUUCAAACAAAGACUAGACCAUUGACGCAGCCCAUUAACCUCCUUUCUUCACUUUCUCACCACUAUAUAUUCUCCUUCCCUCUCCAAUCCAAACCACUCGCAGCAACCUGUUCUUCACUCAAAACCCCCAACUCUCUUUCCCUUUCCAGCAAUUCUUCCACCCAUUUCAACAAUGGCCACUGUUCCGCCAACUCUUCCUCACCUGAAAGACCAAAAAACCUCCAUUUCUGUAUCAGAAAACUCUCAUGUUUCAACCCCAACUCACUGGAUGAAGGCUGCACAAGGCUUUCAGUGCAGUCACUUUCAUGAAGUUCAAUCCAUGGUGUCACAGUUUGCACAAGCAGAAACUGUUGACAUCCAGGGCACCACCCUCACGGUUGCUCAGGUCACCGCCAUUGCUCGUCGGAACAAGGUAAAACUUCACCUCGACGAAGCUAUGGCACGCGGUCGUGUCACUGAAAGUGCCCACUGGGUUGCUGAUAAAAUCGCCAGUGGGACGGACAUAUAUGGUGUCACAACUGGCUUUGGUGCCACCUCUCACCGGAGAACUACCAAGACUGCUGACCUCCAGACGGAACUCAUUCGGUUUCUAAAUGCUGGGGUGACUGGAAAAGACAAUCUUCCGUCAUGUUACUCAAAAGCCGCCAUGCUCGUCCGCGCAAACACCCUCAUGCAAGGUUAUUCUGGCAUCCGCUGGGAGAUACUUGAAGCCAUGGCCAAGCUCAUGAAUCAAAAUUUGAUCCCAAAACUACCACUAAGAGGGACUAUCACUGCUUCGGGCGAUCUCGUCCCGUUAUCAUACAUUGCCGGACUAUUGACCGGACGACAUAAUUCAAGGGUGAUCACCCUUGAAGGUGAAGAGAUCACAGCCAUGGAAGCUUUGAAAAGAGCUGGAGUGUCAGACCCUUUUGAGCUACAAGCAAAGGAAGGUCUGGCACUUGUGAAUGGGACUGCCGUUGGCUCAGCUGUGGCUGCCACAGUGUGUUUCGACGCCAAUAUAUUAGCUCUCUUAUCUGAAAUUCUGUCUGCUAUGUUCUGUGAAGCCAUGAAAGGCAAGCCUGAGUUCACAGACCCAUUGACUCAUGAACUCAAGCACCACCCUGGCCAGAUUGAAUCAGCUUCAAUCAUGAAGUUCCUUCUUGAUGGCAGUGAUUUCAUGAAAGAAGCAAAGCUCCGCCACGAGAAAGACCCCCUGACAAAGCCUAAACAGGACCGGUAUGCUUUAAGAACUUCUCCUCAAUGGUUGGGACCACAUAUUGAAGUUAUUCGUAUGGCAACACAUUCAAUUGAAAGAGAAAUCAAUUCAGUGAACGAUAACCCGAUCAUCGACGUUGUUCGUGAUCUUGCUCUUCAUGGAGGGAACUUCCAAGGGACUCCCAUAGGUGUCUCCAUGGACAAUCUAAGAAUAGCUAUUGCAGCAAUAGGGAAGCUCAUGUUUGCUCAGUUUUCAGAGCUCGUUUGUGACUAUUACAACAAUGGGUUGCCUUCAAAUCUUAGUGGGGGGCCAAACCCAAGCUUAGACUAUGGUCUCAAAGGUGCAGAGAUCGCCAUGGCUGCAUAUUGCUCCGAGCUUCAGUACCUAGCCAACCCAGUCACCACCCAUGUCCAAAGUGCUGAACAACACAAUCAAGAUGUGAAUUCACUGGGCUUAAUCUCCGCAAGAAAGAGCGCCGAAGCUAUGGAGAUAUUAAAGCUCAUGUCUGCCACAUUCAUGGUGGCAAUUUGUCAAGCAAUUGAUCUGCGCCAUCUUGAAGAACACAUGAGGGAGGCUGCCAAACAGGUUCUACAACAAGUUAUCCGGAAAACACUCUAUAGUGCCGAAGAUGGGUCACUCCUUGAUUCUCGUUUCUGCGAGAAGGAACUCUUGCAAAUCAUCGAACACCAACCAGUGUUCAACUAUCUCGAUGACCCCAUGAAUCCUGAUUAUCCCCUUUUGCCUCAACUCCGAGAAGUUCUUCUUGAAAGAGCACUAAAAGAACUGAAAGAAUCAGAGUUGAAUGGAAAUGGGUACUCGAUUUUCAAGCGGAUACCCAUUUUUUUGGAGGAACUGAAGGCGAGAAUCGGAGAGGCGAUGGUUAAAGCAAGAGAGAGAUUUGAUAAUGGUGAAUUCCUGGUGGAGAACAGAAUCAAGAAAUGCAGGACUUAUAUGAUAUAUAGGUUUGUGAGGAUUGAGGUUGGGACUGAGCUGCUGAGUGGUGGGAAGAAGGUUAGUCCAGGGGAGGAGAUAGAGAAAGUGUAUGAAGCCAUCAAUGAGGGGAAGCUGGGUAGUGUUUUGAUGCAGUGCUUAGCAUCUUGGGAGUAGACUACACCCAUGGUUGAUUUUCUAUCAAUAACUUCCCGCCCAAUAGAAACUUAUAUAGUGAAUUUAAAGGAUAGAAUGAAAUAUCAAAAUUUCAUUUCGUUAUGCAAUGGUCGGCAUAUCCGAAAUAUUUUUAUUUUUAAGAAAAUCGAAAUGAAUCAUUUAUAGAAUCGAAAUUCUUAAAUUUCAACGUGU